AUGGUGAUACAAAUCAAGCCAAGGAUCACCUUUGAAUGGGUCGAAGCGAUCGCCCCAGAGCGGGUCCCAAGCCAGAGUGUCGGUGAAUUAGAUGAACAAGCUCAGCUGAUGGUUUUCUCGAAGUCCAAAAAAACCCCUCCAUCGAUACGGACUACCGGUAUUAUCGUUACUUCCAAAACUACUCCGUACUUGACAUGA